GGGCGGGGCUCGAGUUUGAACUGCGCGGCGGGCCGGGCCGCGGGGUGGUCUCUGUUUCGUGAGUUCCGCGGGCGACGCGUGGCGAGCUUCGUGGCACCAUGUCCCCGGGCAGCGGGGUGAAGAGCGAGUACAUGAAGCGCUACCGGGAGCCGCGCUGGGACCAGUACGCGUCCUGCUACCGCGAGCUGCUGCGCUACCGCCUGGGCCGCCGGCUGUUGGAGCAGGCGCACGCGCCCUGGCUGUGGGACUCCUGGGGCCCCGACGGCGCCUCGGACGGCUCGGCCUCUCCGGCGGCCGACCCCUCGCCCCGGUGCGCGUCUGCCUCGCCCGUGGAGGCCCCGGAGGCCGGGGAGCGGGGCGCGGAGGCCCCAGAAGCCGCGGAGGCCCCAGAAGCCGCGGAGGCCGCGGAGGCGGGGGGCGCGGAGACCCGGGACCAGCAGGACGCUGCGCUGCCAGAAGCACUGCCAGUGGAAGACGUAGAAGAAAAACCCAAACAACACACCAAAAAGGAAGAGACAGAUAGGCUACCCACCAGUGUCAAACCUCGACAGCAGCCAAGUGCCUUAUUUGCCAGAGGAAACAGGAAAGCCCCCAAAAGUCCCCAGAGGUCAUUGAGUAAAAUAAAAGAAAACAAGCACCCCUUUGCUCUUUACGGCUGGGGAGAAAGACAGACAGACACUGGGAGCCAGAAGACCCACAAUGUCUGUGCAUCUGCCCCUGUGCGUGAGAUUCAUGAGUCAGCAUUACGAGCCAAGAGCAGAAGACAGGUGGAGAAACGGAGACUGGCUGCACAGCGGCAGCGUGCCCACUCAGUGGAUGUGGAGAAGAACAGAAAGAUCAAGGCCUCCCCAGGGUCUUUGGCAGACAACCCUUGGGUGACCGAGUACAUGCGAUGCUACUCGGCCAGGGCAUAGAUAAGAAGACAAGACAAAAACUAUUAAACCAGAGUGGACAUAGGUUGAAGAAACCAACUGGUUAUGCAAGGCUUUUCUUUGGGAAUUUUCAAAAGAUUAUUUUAUUUUGUUGAAUAUUGGUCACCUACCUCAGCAGUAGGGCAGACAGUUGAAGCCAUAGACAUUUGGUUAUUUAUGAAGACAAAUCCCUAAACCUCUGAUAUUCUUGGAAGAGUUUUGUUUUAAAGCAUCUUAAUCUUUUAAUAUACUGACACCAAAUGCCUUUAAUUGGCUACAGAUGCUUACCAUCCCAUGUCCUCUACAAGGAAGGUGGAGCCCGUUAUCAUCCUGUUCCCAGUUACUUCAGAUGCCAUGGUAGUAAGAUCAUUCCAUCCUCCAACAUAAGACUCAUUUUUACUUACUUCGGUGUACUUUUCUUUGCGAAAAAGCAUCAAAGAAUUUGUAAUGAAACUGGAACUUUGGUAGAUCCUGAGAAGUCAAAUUUGUAUUUUAGUUCACAUCACUUUCAUGUAGAUUGUGAUAUUUAAAAAUUAUCUGGGCUGGGUGAGGGUCACUUUUUCUCUUUACAUUAUCAUCUAGGCACUUAAUAGUGUAAUAGUUCAGAUACAUUCCAGUAAGUGAGUGGCAGUGCAAUAUGUGUGUAGAGUAGUAAUGAAGCUUCUUUUGAGUCAAAGAGUGUCACAUUUUCUUAAUUGCAAGAUUUUUUUUUAAGCACACACAAGGUACAGUCUGGUCUUUUGACAUGCACCCGCUGUGGACUUUUGCCUCUUCUGUAACAGCUGGCCAUGACAUUGGGAACUUAAAAUCUGAAGUUAUGUGUAAUGCACUGAGAUUGUUUGGUCCAUGGAGGGGGUGCAAUAGUAAGACACCCAUUAGGGAUGUUGCCCACCCCCACCCCAUCCCCUUGCUGUCUGUACUUUUUCUUCUGAAGAACUCAACAAAGUCUUGAUGUACAAUACUUUAGGUUGAAUACAUUACUAUUUGAUUCCUGGCUGGUAGAUCUUAGCUAAACCUUAACAGGAGAGUGGUGCAAUGUGUAAAUAGUGCUUCUUCCCUUUAGUAUAGCUGCUUUUUGGGUAAAAAAAUGGUUUUAGAAAAAGAUUGUUUCUCAUCAAAUGGGAGUGUUCUCUGUCCUGCACAAGAACAUCUCCUAGAAGGAUUUGUGGUAUGUUCUUUCAAGAUCAGAAAGGUACCAUGCCUAUGCCCGCUUAGCGUCUGAAGACGUGUGGAUGAAAACUUGGUGUUAGGUGUGAGGUUGAGCUUAUUCUUGAUAUUUUUACUCUGAGACUUUGAAGUAUGAUAAUUUUCAGAACACAAGCUGGUUACAUUUCACAUAAAACUGUCACAUUGUCAUCUUGUAACUGUUGAGCUUUAAAGAUGCAUACUGAAGGAUUGUGAGGGUUUAAGAAAAAAACCCUUUAAGAUAUUUGUGAAUUUUUGCAUAGUCCCUUCAUGUAGAGAGUUCUAGUCAUUGAUAUGUAUAUUUAAUGAGAAAAUUCUACAUGUUGUCCAAUACGACCUUGCUCAUAAUUCUGGUGGAUUGUGGUGGUAACCCUUGUAAGUCUGCACACUGCAGGUAUGCGAAGAUCAUGUGACUGUGGCACCUGUGACGACGGUUAGGCUGUUUUGUGAAAACUUCCUGUAGAGCCAUGUCUCGCAGGUCAUCUUGCCAUCCAUUGUGGAUGAGUCACAUGUGACAGUGUCUGAUGGGUUGGGAGUGGCAAAGCCCUCAUAGGUGGGCUGCCUAACCUACCAGAUUGUGAAUAGUUGGACUUUCUCGCUAGCUUAGAAAACAGACUUGCGUUUGUGCUUAACACUGAAAACUCCAAACGGAGGAGGUGGAUCUAGAAGACAAUAUUGUGUACCACCCUCCCUUUUUUUUAAGUAGAGGAAAAAUAAACACAAUUUUUGAAGAAUUUUUAAUGCACCCCAAAACAAGUAAGUAUGAAUUAGUUAUGAAUCCCCCUCCUAUGUUCAAGUGCUUAAUGGUUAAGAUUUCUUUUCCCCUUUUUAAAAAAGACUGGCAAUUAUCUUUUGAUACUUAAAAUUAUCUAUGAAAUUUUUAAAGUUCUAAUAAUUUUAUGGUCAUACCUUUUUUAUUCUAAGAAGUAAUGUGGUUUUAAUCAUGUUUCUAAUUCUUGGGACAAAAUGCAAGAUAGUGAGAGUUCAAAAUUACCUUUCAUGUUGGAAAAUGUCUAAAAAUGUUUGAGAAUCAAGUGAAAUUUAAAAAAUGCUACAUAAAUCUUUUUAAAUUUUUAAGUUUUUAAUUAAAACAAUUUGUCCUAAA